GUUUAAAAAAAUAAAAAAUCGAUUAAAAAUUAAUAAAAUAUGUAGGUUUAAUGAGAAACUAGUAACUAAGUAAAAAAAAACAGUAACUAAGUAUAAAAGUAAGAGAAAGUAAGUAAAAAACAGGUAACUUUUAUGCAUCCUUUUUACAGGCAUAAUACUUACAAGAAAGACACAAGUAAAUGUUGUGAAAAGGAUCCUUACUUUGUAAAUAGCAGCGAAAUAAGGAAACUAUUUUAUUACAAAAGAGUAACCAUCCAUGAAACCAUACAAUGUUUUCUGAAGCAGCGCGGAAAUUUUAUGGAGUGCAAAAAUAUUGUUAGGGUCGUCUUUCCAGACUGACAUACGCUUUCUGUAGCUUUGAACCCAAUGGGAAACUUAUCCACACUGCUAUCCACACAACGCAGUCAGUGAAUGCGAAUCUGUCGUGGUGAGUAGUCGCCUUAAGUGCGACAUCGGUUACAACAAAUAGCGACGAGAGAGUUCAAAUAUCAAAAAAUAUUUAUUGUGAAAUUUAAAUAAAGAACAAUGGAAUGUGUUGUUUAAAAAGUUUAAUUAAUGUAUUUGAAAAAGUUUUUAUUGUUCUGAAAAAGUUAAUAAAUGAGGAUUGUGCAUGAGACUUGAAAAAGUUUCAUAAUAAGUAAUGUAAAAGUGUUUUGUUUGUUAUAAAUAGAUUAAAUUCACACGAGCCAGAGUUAAGUGUUAAGAAAUAAUGCAUUUUUUAAGAAACAAAAUUACCCAUACAUAUCGUCCUGUUUCAAUAUUGAUUUGAUGAUUGGCUUUGAGUAGAGACAUUGAAAGGCUAUUUAAAUCCAUCAAUAAUGGAAGGCAGUCAGAACAAAAAUGGAUGUAAUGCAUAAUAUUACGUUGGAGAGACAGAAGUUUUACGCCACCCACGAUUUUAAGAAUCCACCCAAUUUGGAAGACGUGGAGGUGGUGUUCACAUGGAAAAUGGAUUUCAACCACAGCACCCUCGGGGCUGCUACAGUCCUUGUGCCCAAGACCCCUACAACAGCACCGACUUCCACGACCAUGCCGCUCUGGGCCCAUAACUCCUGGGUGUGCCUCUUUGCUGCAAUGCUGGCUGUCGCUAUUGGUGGCAAUGCUAUCGUCAUAUGGAUAGUUACAGCUCACCGAAGAAUGCGGACUGUGACCAACUACUUCUUAGUGAACUUAUCCUUCGCUGACCUCAUGAUGGCCUCUCUCAACUGCCUUUUCAACUUUAUUUACAUGUUGCAUAGUGACUGGGUUUUCGGAGUCCGGUAUUGUCAGCUGAGUAAUUUCAUCGCGAACGUGACGGUUGCGGCCAGUGUGUUCACACUGACGGGAAUUUCCUUUGACAGAUAUCAAGCCAUCGUGAGACCGAUGCGACCGCGGAUGUCCAAGACUUGUUCCCUCAUCAUGAUUGCUGCGAUAUGGAUUAGUGGAAUGCUGCUAGCAAUUCCCUGCCUUCUAUAUUCUACCACUAAGGAAUAUAGAUCUAAAGGCACGCUCAAGACAGCUUGCCUUUUAUCAUGGCCUGAUGGUCUUCCAGACGUCUCUUACAUGGACUUUGUGUAUCAAGUAUUAUUUUUCGUGGUGACCUACGCCGUUCCCAUGAUGGGGAUGACGUUCUUUUAUUCAGCCAUGGGCAGGGUAUUGUGGGGUUCAAGAUCUAUAGGGGAGCUAACUCAGAGACAGGUGGACUCGAUACGAUCUAAACGAAAGGUUGUGAAAAUGUUCAUACUAGUAAUUGUGAUAUUUGGUAUAUGCUGGCUACCCUACCAUAUGUACUUCAUUUACACUCACUUCAACCCUUCAAUAUUAUAUAUGAAGUACGUCCAGCAUGUAUAUCUCGGAUUCUAUUGGCUGGCUAUGGCGAACGCCAUGGUAAAUCCUCUCAUUUAUUACUGGAUGAAUGCCAAGUUCAGGACCUACUUCCGAACGGCUAUACUCUGUCGAUGGAGGGAUAUGCUGCGCCGACGUCGGAAGAGACCACUUCCUGAGUCACCACCGGACAUCUCGCAGUCUGGCAGCCGUUCCAGAUCAGUAUACGUUUCAACAGGUAUCGAGGAGCUCAGAGACUCAAGAGGAAAUGCAGUGCACGGAUGGCCGCGCUUGUCGUGUCGAACUCGAGUCGACCUCCCAUCGCAGAGACCGCCUUUGCUUGCUAGCUGCCCGCGGUGUCCUCACAGCACGUAUUAUGACGCCUACAUUCACGGACGCAAAGUGUAAAUGAGGAAAAAUAUUGAAUAAAAAAAAAACUAAAGUGCAUAAGUGAUUUAUUAAAGUGUUAUUAAGUGUUUAAUUAAAUUAAUAUAUAAUAUAUGAACGUGUAAACAUCGAAGAGCUGUAAAUAAUUAAAAUUGAAAUUUAAAACAGUAUUAUAGUUAGGAAUUAACUCAUGUUUUUUAGGAAUAUGUUUGUUAAUUCACUUACUAUUUAUAAAUAUAUGUGUAUAUGUAUUAAGUAACUAACAAUUGAUGUUAAUAAUGAUGCUCAGAUGACACUAGUUUGUAAUUAAUAAUUAAAUGUUUAAUUUUAAUACUUCGUUCAAUAAACGUUGUAUAAGUCAGUAUUAAAAUUGGCAUAAGUUUUAAUUUAUUAAAAAAAAAACGGAAA